GGUAACUUAUGCCUUGUGAAGCUCAUGUUAUCUAGGGGCGCAAACAUCAACGCGCAAGAUAAACUUGAAAAUACACCCUUACAUUGGGCUGCCCGUGAAGGACAUCUGCAUAUUGUUCAGGCUUUGAUUGAAGCCGGAGCAGAUGCCAAUGUCGAGGACGAGGACGGCCAUACACCACUGGAGACAGCCAUAGUACGCGAGAAGUCGGCCUUUAUAUUGACGAUGAUCAAAUCCAGCAAAAACAUCAACCAGCUCAACGAGGACGGCGAGAGCUAUCUACAUCUUGCAGUCAAGUAUAACCACCCACGUGCUGUACAGCUGCUGUUGAGCAAAAUGAGCAAGGAUGCCGUGUUUGCCGGUAAUAAAGCCGGCGAUAAUGCUCUUCACUAUGCUAUGGAAACUGGAAAUACCUCUAUAGUUCAGCAGCUUCUAGCCGCCGGGUUCGAUGUUAAUGCCAAGGGCCGGUUGGGAGAGACGGCUUUA